AUGAGGGACUUUGAAUGGCUCACCGGACUCUACCGACACCAGCGAGUGGAGACCGGACCAUACAAAGGCCGACGGCCCUGGAUCCAGUACUCGAACCAGUUCAACGAGACACGCUUCUACGUCCUACACAUGGACUUCCUGCGGCUCGUCAGGAACAGGUUCCUGAGGUCCCCCUCGCUGCAGUCCAAUCACUGGGCCAUCGUCAGACCCACAAACGGAGCCUUCACGGUCUUCCUCGCGCUGCAGCUGUGCGACAAAGUCGACGCCUACGGUUUCAUCACUGAAGACCACAAGAAGUUCUCAAACUACUACUUUGAGCGGGGAGCCAAGACCCACGUGGUCUUCUAUGCGAACCAUAAUUACAACCAGGAGAUGGCGCUGUGGAAGACGCUGCACGACAAGGGGAUCAUCCACCUGUACCAGGGAGAGGGCCGAGAACCAGAGACGACACAGGCCAAAGCAGAGACCAUCAAGAGACCCAACCAGGCCAAAGCAAAGACCACCAAGAGACCCGACCAGGCCAAAACAAAGACCACCAAGAGACCCGACCAGGCCAAAACAAAGACCACCAAGAGACUCGACCAGGCCAAAACAAAGACCACCAAGAGACCCAACCAGGCCAAAACAAAGAAUUCCACACAGCUGUGA